AUGAGCGGCAAAAAUGUUCGGGGAGGUGCUCGUGCUGCUGGCAGUUCAAAAGCAGCAUUUGCUAUGUUUCAACAAAAAGAUGUAGCCGCUGGUGGAACAGGAAAAGUCACUAGUGAAACUUCUGGUGCACCAACAAAUCCAGCAAGUAUCAAAGAUCGUCUUCUUGUUUGGUGUCAACAAUCUACGAAAGGUUAUAAGCAUGUUAAUGUAACAAAUUUUUCAUCAUCUUGGGCUGAUGGUAUGGCAUUUUGUGCUUUGGUUCAUCAUUAUUUACCGAAUUCAAUAAAUUAUGAUGCACUCAAUCCAAAAGAUAGACGAAAAAAUUUUGAAAUAGCAUUUAAAGCUGCUGAAGAUAAUGGAUGUGCACCAUUACUUGAUGUCAAUGAUAUGAUUGAAAUGGGUGAUAAACCCGAUUGGAAAUGUGUAUUUACUUAUAUUCAAUCACUUUAUAAACAUUUUGUCAUGAUGCCGGAAGCAAUGGCAGCUAGAGCAGCAGCACAAGCUGGUCAGAAAUAA